UAAGUUCUAAGUUGUCAUUUGUACUUUGACUUUGACAUUUCAUUUUUUAGGUUAGAUUAGUUGGUUUCACAAGUCUAAAAUGCUAAAUUAAUCAGACAUAUAUUUGGUCCGAGUGGCAAAAAGUGAAAAACACAGGAGAACGGAGAACUGUAUGGGGUGCAAAUAACGUUAUACGUAUGUUAAGAUAUUACACACGAAGUUGAAACAUCAUUUUUUUUAAAUACCGGUUGCCAACAUGGCGCAGAACUUACUCUAUAUUUCUUUAAUACUCUUUAUAGUACUUUAUGCAUCAGCAGUAGAUAAGAAUAAUUUUAAAACGUGUGAACAAAGUAGUUUUUGCAGACGAUUAAGAAGCGUUAAACCUGGCGAAAGCAAGUAUGAAUUAGAUUUAGAAUCGUUAGAAAUCACCGACAAUUCUGUGGAGUCAAAACUUUUAAACACUGAAGCUGGAAUCCUUUUCAAGUUUUCAUUAACUGCCAUUAGUGGAAACAUCUUUAGGUUGCAAGUGGAUGAAGCUUCUCCUUUGUAUGCGAGGUAUAGGCCUCAAUUUGCCUUACGUGGUGAGCCUCAAGUAGCCAAAUUGAAACUACUUGAAAGGAACAAAGAAUAUGUUUCCAUAGAAUAUAACAACAACAAGGUCAUAGUACAUGCAAGACCAUUCAAAAUUGAAGUCUUCGACAAAGAUGAACUCAUUAGCGUUGUUAAUGGAAGAGGUCUGUUUAAGUUUGAACACUUCAGAAAGAAACCAGAACAGAAUAACGAAGGAGAACAACAACAAGAAGUAGCUGAAGAUCCGGGAACUUGGGAAGAAAACUUCAAAAGUCAUCAUGACAGCAAACCAAAAGGUCCUUCAGCUGUUGGAUUGGAUAUCAGUUUUCCAGGUGCCUUAAGAGUUUAUGGUUUGCCAGAGCAUGCGGACAGACUUCCUUUAAGAACAACUGGACCUGGAGGUGUGGAUCCAUAUCGUCUAUACAAUUUGGAUGUGUUUGAAUAUGAAUUAGAUUCAACAAUGGCCAUUUAUGGAGCAAUCCCAGUGGUCUAUGCUCAUUCUCCUAAACGAACCAUUGGUGCCUUUUGGCUUAAUGCUGCCGAAACUUGGGUUGAUAUCAACAAUAGUAAAGAUGGAAAUGUUAUGUCUUCAAUAGUAAACUUAGUAUCAGGCAGUAAAUCCGAAAAUAAUGUAGAUGUCCAUUUCAUGAGUGAAUCCGGUGUUGCUGAUCUUUUCAUUUUGUUGGGUCCAACACCUAAAGCUGCUGUCAAACAAUAUGCCUCCCUCACUGGAGUACAUCCAUUACCUCAGUACUACACGUUGGCAUACCACCAAUGCCGAUGGAAUUAUAACGAUGAAGAUGAUGUUACCACGGUGGUUCAAACUUUUGACGCAAACGAUAUGCCGGUUGACUUCAUGUGGUUGGAUAUCGAGUAUACUAAUGGAAAGAAGUAUUUCACAUGGGAUCCAAUUAAAUUUCCACACCCAGACAUUAUGGUAAACAAUCUGACAGCUACUGGUAGGAAACUCAUAGUCAUUAUUGAUCCACACUACAAAAGAGAAUCAGGAUACUUUGUUCACGAAGAUUGUCUAGCAAACGACUACUACGUAAAAACAAAAGACAACAACGUAUAUGAAGGUUGGUGUUGGCCAGGAUCUAGUAGCUAUAUCGAUUUCUAUAAACCAGAAGCUGCUGAGUACUACAAGAACUUGUACAGAUUGGAAAACUUUAAAGGAACCAGCCACGACGUUUACAUCUGGAACGAUAUGAAUGAGCCGUCUGUCUUCAACGGACCUGAAAUUACUAUGCCCAAGGAUACUAUCCAUCAUGGUGGGUGGGAGCACAGAGAUGUUCACAAUGAAUAUGCUUUAGCACAUACAUAUGCUACAUUCCAAGGACUUCUUCAACGUACACCAAAUAAACGUCCAUUCAUCCUCACUAGAGGACACUUUCCCGGAUCCCAACGUUACACAGUAGUAUGGACUGGAGACAACGCCGCUGAAUGGUCUCACUUAGCUGUCAGCUACCCCAUGUGUCUUAGUGAAGCUCUAGGUGGCAUGAGUUUCUGUGGUGCCGAUGUCGGAGGUUUCUUCAACAAUCCUGAUACGGAGUUGUUACAAAGAUGGUAUCAAGCCGCUGUAUGGUUACCGUUCUUCAGAGCACACGCACAUAUCGAUACUAGAAGGAGAGAACCAUAUCUUUUCCCAGAUGAUGUCAAGAACAGAAUUAGAACCGCUUUAAGGCUCAGAUACGCUCACAUACCGCUCUUCUACACCCUGUUUUGGCAACACGAGAUAUCGGGAGAGCCUGUGAUUAGACCCCUGUUCUACCAAUAUCCAAAUGACGAAAACGUGGUUGAUAUCGACAACGAAAUUCUUGUAGGAGAUUCAGUCCUUGCUGCAAUGAUCGCAGAACCUGGAGCGUCGAGUGUCGGCGUUUACUUACCAGGUGGCGCUAACGAAUAUUGGUAUGAUAUUGAAGACUUCAGAUUGUACCAAGGAACCGGAAACUAUAACAUUCCAGUAUCUUUAGACAAGAGUUUAGCGUUUUACAGAGGUGGUAGUAUUAUACCAAGGAAGGAUAGGCCCAGGAGAGCGUCUCCUUUGAUGAAAAACGAUCCUUUUACCCUAUAUAUUGCUCUAGAUUCUAACAAAAAGGCUAGUGGUUACCUUUAUGUCGAUGACAACGAAAGUUUUGAGUACAAAAACCAGAAAUAUUUGUAUCUGCACUUUAGUUUCGAAGAUAACACUUUCAACAGUGUUUUAGUUGAUAAGACUGAUUAUCCAACCAAAGAAUGGGUAGAAAGACUUGUCAUAUUAGGCCCUCCCAAGGGCAUUAAGGGGGCAAAGUUAACCAGCAAAAGUCUCGGCACUGUAGAACUCGAUACUUCUUACAGUCAUGAGGAUAGAGUUCUGGUAGUUAGAAAACCAGGAGUUAGCAUUAGAGAGAAAUUUACUAUUAAAUUGUAUUAAAUUUAGUUUCCCUUUUUUUUACAGUCUUGGUUCCAGGAAGUAUGAUUUUGUAGUAUGUUUUAAGUGAUUAUUAUAAAUUGUGAUGAGAAAUAAAUUAUUAAACAUUCA